CUCCUGCUGAGUUUGCGAUCUAGAGGUGUGAGUGCCGCAAUUACUUCCCAUCUCCCUUCAGUGAUUUCAGAGAGUUGCCUUUUCAUUUCCAACACGUAGAGCCAUCGUAAUUCACAAGUGCAAUGGCCACGCAAGAGCAGCCGUCGCCGGGCGCCGGCGCCGCCCGGCCUCGGAGGCCCCGCGUCCUGGUCGCCGCCUCCGGCAGCGUGGCGGCGAUCAAGUUCGAGAUCCUCUGCCGGAGCCUCGCCGAGUGGGCCGACGUCCGGGCGGUGGCGACGGCCUCGUCCCUGCACUUCAUCGACAGGGAGUCCUUCCCGAGCGGCGUCGCCCUCCUCACCGACGCCGACGAGUGGUCCACCUGGCGGAGGAUCGGCGACGAGGUCCUGCACAUCGAGCUGCGCAAGUGGGCCGACGCCAUGCUCAUCGCGCCGCUCUCGGCCAACACCCUGGCCAAGAUCGCCGGCGGGCUGUGCGACAACCUCCUGACGUGCGUGGUGCGCGCGUGGGACUACAGCAAGCCCAUCUACGUCGCGCCGGCCAUGAACACCUUCAUGUGGGACAACCCCUUCACUAGGCGACACCUUGACGUCGUCGCCGGCCUCGGCGUCUCCCUCAUCCCUCCGGUGACCAAGCGGCUCGCCUGCGGGGACUACGGCAACGGCGCCAUGGCAGAGCCCACCGAGAUCUGCAGGACCCUCAGGCUCUUCUUCGGCUCACAAGUUCCACUCUGAACACUCUGCAGCUCGCCCAAGUUCUUCAGUAUCUCUCACUCUGUUUGCCUGCUGUACGAGAUACAUCUAUCUGCAAAAGCUUUCUCUUCUAUCAAACGUUUACAAUGUGAUCCUCCUCUA